CCCGUCUGUGCUGUGCUGGCAUGCAUUAAUUGCGAGAUCCUGCAGAAAGGAGAAGCCGAACUCAAGUUUCAUUGUGCCAUAUUAUCUGUUUGGCGAUAUUCAGAAGGGGAAGCUUUGCAAUACCGGCACCCUGAUUUCCAUUCUCCCCCGUCCCCUGACUUGCGUUCUUGCGUAAACCCCGACAUACGCAGCAAGAAGAACAUACAUAACUUAACAGUGUGCACCCUUUAUCAUUAUGCCUUCGAAACGUAAAUCAUCGCAAUUCUCCGAGCAAGCGGUCAAGCAGCAACAGCUUCAGCAGGAAUUGCACCAAGCGGUGGCUUUUUCGCUCUCCGCUUUUGAUAAUGACAGUAGCACCGUAGAAGCGAGUUCAAGUCAGUAUUUCGCUGUCGUUGCCCAAGGCGUCGAUGCUUUCAGGCUACGGAUAUGGGACACUAGGACGUCUAGCUUGGCGGCCGAACACGUCGUACCAGCCGGUGUGACUUGUACUGCAGUAGCUUGGGGAUCUGUUGGCGAGGGCGUGGACGGCGCUGAAAAGAAGAAAAAGAGAAGAAGAUCUGGUGCGGCCGCGUCACAGAGUCACAAGGUGGUUGCGAUCGGUCUGUCGACUGGGGAGGUUCAAUUAUACUCGUUGGCGCAUGGAAAAGUUGUAAGGACCUUGGCAGGUGCACACACGGCUAGUGUGUCAGAUUUUGCAUUUGCAGGGGAUGGUGUGAAAGGAUAUUCUGGUGGAGUCGAUGGAAUAGUGGUUGAAUGGGAUGUGCGAACUGGAACUGAACUGGGCAGGUUUGUAUCAGAUGGCAAACCUGUGCGGCGGGUGAGAGUAAGCCACGAUUGCACACGCUUGAUAUCCGCGGGACAUGCAAUCAAACUUUGGAAUAUCGGAACACGAGAAGUCAUUCGCACAUAUCCCGGCCAUGCAUCUGAAGUGAUUCGUAUACAGUUCAGCCCGAGUGAUAGCUUUUGCGUAACAGCAGCGGAGGACGAUCGGCAUAUCAGUGUGUGGGAUACAGGCUUAGAAGGCACCAGUGACCAUGUUACUUCAUUGACGAUGGACUCUGCGCCAACAAAUAUCGCGAUUUCUGGCGGAAAUCAGGUUUUGGCAUUGACGGAAGAGGGGAUUGUUUAUUUGUGGGACAAGGUUGACCAAAAGGAUGGGACAACACCAGUGAAGAAAAAGAAAAAGCAAUCAAAUCUUGCAAGACCAGCGCAGGGCGUGUUGUCGAUUGUUUCGUCCUCGGAUAAGGAUGCAAAGGAGCGACUACCGAUCUUGACAGCCACAUUCUCGGACGAGAAAAUUCUCUUUGCUCGGGGUAAUGUCGUCAAACCAAUUUUUGAACGUGUAGAAUACUUGAGUGACGAGGGCAAGAUCAUUGAGAAGACGACACUAAGCCGCAAACCUGUCACGUCUCUUCUCAUCGAUGAGGAAGCUCUCGUCGACCAAGCGCAGAAGGAUUUGAAGACCCGCUACAAGGAAGAUGACGUUCUCGUUUUGGGUGCAGCUGAUCUUCCGGCUGACAGUAACACCAUGAUGGCAGAUCCUGACAUGCUUACUCGCGACGAGCAGGCUGCAUUAAAGGAACCUACCCUGGAGGAGCGCCUAUCCGCUUUGGUCGUCACGCCCGCAUCGGAAGCCAAGCCUGGCAAGCCUGCACGUCCCCCAACCGCGAAUUCCCUCCAUCAAAUGCUUUCACAGGCGAUACAUACCAACGAUGUUCAACUUUUGGAGCAAGCUCUGCAAGUUCACGACACCAAUAUGAUUGUGGCUACUGUUCGAAGACUACCUCCCAGCCAGGUUCUUCCGUUAUUGGACCAGUUAAUGUUGCGCUUGCAAAGAAGGCCCAAUCGAGCGCGGGAGCUGAUUGAAUGGGUCAGGGCUGUCGUACUAGUGCACGCGGGUUAUCUCAUGUCUGUUCCAAAUCUUGCUGCCAACCUUGGCGCCUUGUACCAAACCAUCGACUCUCGAGCAAGCGUUUUUCAAAAGCUACUUCGCCUCUCUGGACGACUAGAUUUGGUCGUGUCACAGAUUGCCCUACGUAAUCACGCGGGCGCUAAUGGGGAGGUUCAAGAGGAUGAAGCUUUGGUGGUAUAUGAUGAGGAAGAUGAAGAGGAGGAGGAUGGAGAUGAAGAUGCUGUUGACGGUAUGGAUGUUGAGGAAGUCUCUGAUUUCGAGGAUGAGGAGGAGGAUGAUGAUGAGAGUGAUUACGAUGACAACGACGACGAGGAGGCAAGUGAUAACCCGGAAGGAGAAGGGAGCGAAGAUGGGGAUGGCUUGUAAAUCUCAGACGGAGCGAGGUCACCUGCAUACAGUCCACUGUUCAUUCUAUAGCUUGCACAAUUCUUGUUUUAUUACUUAUACAUUUGAUACUGCUCUCUCGAUUUUCGUACAAAUUAAGCAAUCAACUAAUUACAAGCAAAUAGUUACAUAUCGAGCAAAAGAACAAAUUUUC